AUGUCUGAAGUUUUAUCCAGAAAUCAAGCUCCGCGUGGGCGCGGUGCAGCCCGAGGUGGACGAGGAGGCUACAGUUCCAGAGGUGGUCGAGGAGGUACUCGAUCGGGCAGGGUUGACGCCGACAGCACUUCAACGCCCGCAUCAUUUGAAGACGAAGGCGACAUUGGUCAAUUGAAGAAGAAGUACGCAAGCGAUCUGCCUACUCUGAAAGAGCUUUUCCCCGACUGGACGGACGAGGACCUAGUCUUUGCCCUUGAGGAUGCAAAUGGUGUCCUCGAAAGUGCGAUCGAGCACAUUAGUGAGGGUAAUGCUUCUCAAUGGGGUGAAGUGAAAAAAAAGAGUACCGACAAGUCUCGAUCAAAGCCCAAGGACGCACCGAAACCCCACGCCGCCACCGAAACAGGCCCUGCAGCUGCUCGCAGUGGCCGUGGGCGUGGAGGAUUUGAGGCCCGUGGCGGUCGUGCCCGUGGUGAUCGCGGCCGAGGUGGCCGAGGCGGCCGAGCUGGUGCUCAGGGUAAUGGUGUGCGUGGAGAAAAGCCCGCUACUGUUACUGAGAGCAUCGACCCAUCCAUUUCCACAGCCGCGCCGACAACCACUGAAGCAGCCCCAUCAAACCCUGUGGCGAGCGUUGGAGAAGCUAACGAACCUGCUGAGAGUACCAAGGAGGCGUCGAAGGCCCCCGAACCUGCGAAAAAGGGGUGGGCCAGCUUGUUCGCUAAACCAACUCCUCCUCCACCGCAAAAGAAGGCUCCUCCAGCCGCUCCAGCUCCAGCCGUACCUGCCGAACCCACGAUUGAGUCCCAGCCUACAGCCUCUGCCACUACGCUUCCUACACCGGCCGUUCCUGAAAUCCCUCAGGAAAAAGUACACGUACAGGCCCCCGUUCCACCCGUACCUGAAAUUGCGUCCUCUCUUUCUCUCGAAGCCCCAGGAGAUGAUUUGACUAAAACGAACCUUGCUCAGGUACCUGAUGUCUCCGUGCCUCCCGCCACCGUGACGGCAGCUAGCACCGUUGCCAGCGUCCAAGAUCCCUCCUCCCUACCUCCGGUUACACCUCAAAACCGCAACAAUGCAUCUGGCUAUGCGACCUCGGCGUUUAAAGCAACUGCUUCGCAAGGUCGUGCUUCCAGCUUCCAGCGCCGCGUUCUCGAGCAACAGGAAGCCGUUGUCAUGCCUGCGAACCACGCUGUUGAUCGAGCUGCCGUUCAGUUCGGCAGUAUGGGUUUGAAUGGAAAUGAUUCGGCCGACAUUGAUGACCAACGGGAGAACGCUGAAACUCGGCCCCAGCCACCUCAGCACUCCCCUGUCGCUCCUCGUGCCUCCUUCCCCCCUCCCCAGGUGCAUCAACCAUCUGCCGAAACCCCAACUGUUGCUCGUCCUGCUCCAGGCUUACCACCUGUCCCGCAAGCAGUCUCAUCCGAUGCUGCGUCUUUUACCGACUUUAGCCGAUACACUGAUGCACAGAAACCUUACGACCCUUUUACUCAACAAACUACCCCGGCUCAAACUCAAGAGCCAUUCUCUCACCAAGCGCCGGCCCAGGCUGCUGUAACGAGUGCUGGCGAUUACUCUCCGUUCUAUGCCGCCGAUCAGCAACGCUUGCCGUACAACUACUAUGGUUACCCGUCGCAGGACUCGACUGCCCAGCGAGGCGCGACCGGAUUUGGGGUUUCUGGAGCUGAGGGACAACCUCAAAUUCCUGCAACUCAAGCCCCAGGUCGUUACGGGCAAGCUGAAGCUCCUGGCAGUGGCCAGAACACUCCCAACCCUACUCUGCCGGCUACUACUCAAUCGCAACAGCCAUCUGCUCAGCAUAUUCCAGGUGUCCAGGGGGGCCACGCUGGCUAUGGCUAUGCGUACCCUUAUUAUUCGCAACCCCACUACGCCCAAUCUUACAUGAAUAUGACGCAGCAGCAGCAGCAGCAGUAUGGCCGUAACCGCCCUAUGUACGAUGAUGCCCGACGCUACGAGGAUCACUACAUGCCUCACAACAACCAGUACGGCUAUGGCAACCAAUACGCCCCGUACGGCAAAGGUGGCAUGUACGGGCAACCAUUUUCCUACGACCACUCUUCGUCUCCCGGCAACGCUGGUGGCUUCAACCAAAGCCUGCCCGCCCGUGAUUCUGUGUACGGCCGAACUGGAUCUGCUCAGCCGGAGAACCAGCCAUCCACGGCUGCCAGUAACACCACUUUCGGAUCUGGCGUGCCCGAUGUAUUUGGACGCUCUCAGUCUGGCUUUGGGCAAAACCACCAGCUGUCCCAACAGCCAGUGAGCUCGGAGGAACCCAGCAAGGGUUUUGAAACGACCAAGACUGGUGGACCCAGUCCAUCACUUGGUCAGGCUAAUCGCCCCGGCUCGGCCACCAACAGCAUUCCCGGACAACCUCAGUCGCAGAGUGCGCUGCCUCCUCUCCAAGGUCAACAGGGCCAGCAGGGUUUUGCCGGCUAUCCCCAUUUGAACCAGCAAUACGGCGGUGGCCUCGGUGGUCUUGGGGGCCACCAAGCUGGUGGUGUGACCCAAAACCACCACCAGGGAAGCGCGUACGGUAACUACGGCGCUGCAGGAUUCGGAAAUUACUAUGGGAACUCGGGACGCGGAGGCUGGGGUGGUAACUACGGUCAUUAA